AUGGAUUUAGAAUCACGAAUACCAGCUACUGAAGAUAGUGCUUAUGGGUUUAUUACAACCAAUAACGAGGUAAUAUCAAAGAAACGAAAAUUGGCUCAAACUGAUGACAGAUUUGAGGUGGUAAUGUCAAUAUAUUUACAAAGAGCCGACUCCAUGGAUGUGGGUAUUUCUGUAUUAAAAUUAAAGACUCUAGAGCUUACUCUAAUGAGUUUUUGCGACUCGCUGACGUUUGUGAGAACAGUUAAUCAGAUACAGGUAUAUGAACCAACAAUUAUCAUCCUACCUGAGGCACAGUUACAUUCCCAGAUAGAGAAACUUAAAUACAUAAUACAUUCAAAUGUAUCAGAUAAAGUGAAAGAACGUUUUAUCAAGGCAAAGGUUUUCAAUGCUUUUGAUGGAAUGAAUAACCUAAAACUUUAUACCGAUAUCAAUGACUCCACUUUAGAACAAGUGGUUUGUAACCGGAAGUUAUCCGUGGCUGCAGCAAAUGCUUGCAUCGACUACUGUGUGUCAACAAAGUUGUUUCGAGUCACAAACAAAAUUAUAUUGAAGCACUGUAUUUGUGAAAAUACAAUGUUGAUUGAUAUAUGUACCGUCCGGGAUUUGGAGUUAGUUGAUAGUCUGUCAGAAAGAGGCACAACUUUGUAUUCGUUUCUUAAUUGCUGUCUUACAAAAAUGGGUACGCGGAUACUAAGAACAUCAAUCUUGCAACCAUCAACCCACGAAAAUAGCAUAAUACUACGUUCAGAGUCGGUACAGGAAUUAAUCAAUGAUGAAGAUAUGCUCAUUAACAUCAGAUCUCUGUUAAAACAUACAUGUGACUUGGAAAAGGUUUUCAGUACAUUUUUGGAACCUCGAGGUACGUUGAACCGGGAACAAGAGAUAAACAAUAUCAUUUUACUAAAAACAGUAUUGCAAAAUACAUUUGUUAUAAGGAAGAGCAUCGAGAAUGUGUCUAGUCAUUUGUUAGUACAAGUGAAACAAAUUCUUGAGCAUGAAAAUGUUCAGCACUUGUUGGCAAUAAUCAAUGAAUACAUCCGCGAUGAUUGUCAGUGGGCUAAUAGCAGCACAGAGCUUGCCAAUCAAAGAGCAAAUGCUAUAAAGUCAGGGGUCAAUGGUUUAUUGGAUGUGUCGAGAAGAAUCCGCGAAGCCUUGUUGGAAGAAGUUUCUGAGUUGGUGGCUAAACUUUCAGAAAAGUUGGAAAUAUUGAUGGAAUACAGGUUUGAACCAUCUAAAGGAUUUUUUAUCAAAAUCAAAGGAGAUAACACUGAUAUCAACUCGUUGCCAGAAGAUUUGAUUAACAGAGUAAAGAAAAGAAAAACCAUUGAAUGCACAACAAUUGAAUUGAUGAAACAAAGUUCAAGAUAUAAAGACAUUGUUUCCGAAAUCACUAUUUUGAAUAGCACAAUUGUACAAGACAUGUAUACCAACAUCAACAACUACACACCAAUAUUGUUAAUGGUUUCUGAAGCGAUUGGUACUUUAGAUCUUUUGUGUUCUUUUGCUUACUUUACCAGUUUGCAAAAAAGUUCUUAUACCUGUCCUGAAUUUGCUAAAGAGGUCACCAUUCUACGAUCAUUUCACCCCAUUCUCGGAAGUAACAAUUCUGAUUUUAUAGCAAAUAAUUAUUCGUGCAACCAAGAGUUAUCUCGAAUUCAUGUCAUUACUGGAGUAAACAUGAGCGGCAAGUCAGUUUACUUGCGUCAAAUUGCAUACUUGGUGAUCAUGGCACAGAUGGGUUGCUUUGUCCCCGCAGAAUAUGCUAAAAUGAGAGUAUUUAAUAGUUUAUAUUCACGAUUAUCUUCCGAUACUGUUGAUAUAAAUGCUUCCCUGUUUUCGAAAGAAAUGAGUGAAACAGCUGUUAUUCUAAAUGACCUGGAUGAGAAUAGUCUAAUAUUGAUUGAUGAGCUAGGAAGAGGAUCUAGCUUGACAGAUGGGUUUUCCAUAUGCCUAGCUAUUUUGGAGGAUUUGAUAUGUAAAGGUGCAACUGUUAUAACAACAACUCAUUUUAGGGAUAUUGCCCAAGUGCUCGCUAAUAAAUCAUGUGUUGUAACUGCCCAUAUGGAAACAGUGGAAACCAAUGGGAAACUAGAAAUGAAGUACAACUUGCUAUUAAGGCGUAAUGACAUAGUCGGGUAUGGAAUCCGAUUUGCCGAGACCUCAAAUUUGUUACCACAGGAACUUAUUGAAGACUCAAGAGUGAUCGCUAAUAUUUUGAGGUCUCGAAAGCCUGUUCAUGGAGAUAAAGAGUUGAAGUUAUUAUCACGAAGGAGAAAACUCGUAUUGGAAUUGUAUUUCGCCUUGAACUAUGUUUCCAAGUUGAAUUGUGAGAUGAACUAUAAGAUACAACUAUUACAGACCUUACAAGCAAAAUUUGUUGAAGAAAUAAACGCCGCACCUAUUACUGAAUAG